UCAUUUUUUGGAAGGACCUAUAAUAAUUUAUCAGCGUUAGGAGAGUGUAAAAACAAUGGCCAGUGUGUAAUUAACAAGAAAAACAGAACAUCGUGUAAAAGUUGUAGAUUAAAAAAAUGUCUUUUGGUAGGAAUGUCAAAGAGCGGAUCCAGGUAUGGACGAAGAUCCAACUGGUUUAAAAUCCAUUGUUUAAUACAAGGCCAAGAAGACAUAAGUACAAGGUUAUCCGAACAAAACGCACUAUCAAAUGGGGAUUUGCAUCCAAAUUCCAGGGCUUAUUUAACACCUUAUAUUGGACACGAUGGUGAUAGUGAUACGUCGAGUAAAAACGGUUCACAGUCUUCCCCAGACGAUGUCAUCACUAAACACAAUGUUGGACAGAAAUCAUCAUCUAAUGGUUAUCUUCCAGACUCAAAUAGUCCAUCGUUCGAAUGGAAAGAAAAUAUGACAUUUCCAUUAUCCGUAUCAACUAUGUCAUCGAUCAAUUCGAAAAUAUUCCAUACAAAUAAUAGCCCUUUAUUAAAUAAAGGUUAUUCCAACGCAUAUCCAAGUGACUUUUUUCCAUAUGCUCAAAGAUACAUAUUGGUUAAUCCCAUACCUCCCGUAUUAAAAUCUCCCACCGAGGGUAUACCAUUAGGUAUGGACUGUUUAUCGGAUGUAUCGGAUCAAGAGAAGCCAAUGGACUUAUCUGUAAAAAAGUCACCCAUUCCAGAACCUGAAUUAUCCAUUGAUGAAGAAGAGAAAAUUGAAAGUGAAGAACCAGUCGACGUAGUUGAAGAAUGUACUACAUUAUCAGAGAAACCUCUAGAUCUUACUAAAAAGUUGUGAUAUAUUCACGUUGACAUCUCCUGUACGUUUAAAAGCUAGACUCUGUACAGUCAAGCGAUGAAAAGAUAUCAGAAAAAAAUAAUAAUAAUAAUAAUUCAUUAUAAAUCAAAGACGUACUGAAGGAGAUGUAUCAUAUGCAUUUAUUAUUUAUGGUCCCAUUUCGUACGGACAUCAAUAUAUAUAUAUAUAUAUUAUUUUUUUUUAUUUGAUGUCGAAGUUCAAGGCCAGUUUUUCACCAAGUGCUUUAUUAUGUGUAUAUCCAAGGUAACAAUUUGUGAAUUAUUGCAUUAAGUUCUUUCGCUUAGCGUAGAAAAUGUGACAAAUCACGUGGUUAUUCGUGUCAGGUAAAAAUAUUAAG